GUUCAACGUACUUAUUCCGCCCUACGCAUUGAUAGAAGCUCGUGAUGACAUAUCGCCAGCUCCCACAUAUUACCAACCUAUUCCGUGCUCAACAGCUGAGGACCAGAGUCGCAGCAGUUUCUUCCACUAAGUCACCAAAGAGGGCAAUGUCGUCAAAACAAUCCAAACCGGUCAAUUUUGGAAUCAUUCUGUUUCCAGCUUUCCAGGCGCUUGAUGUAUUCGGUCCUCUAGAUGCUUUGAGUUUACUUUCGCGGACCAACAACAUGCAUCUAUAUACUAUAGCCAAUACCGUGGACCCAGUCUCGACACAGCUGCCUCAAGAUAAGCAGCCAAGUGACUCCGACUUUGGACAGCUGGUCGUGCCUACGCAUACGUUCAAGACAGCGCCCCCUCUCGACGUGCUUGUCGUCCCCGGUGGGCAGGGCAGCCGGGCAGCAGGUCUGGAGCCAGCGAUUGACUUCAUCAAGGAAGUUUAUCCCUCACUCCAGUAUAUUAUCUCGAUAUGUACCGGAGCCAGACUUGUUGCACAGGCUGGAGUCCUCGAUGGCAAGCGUGCAACUACAAACAAGCUAUCCUGGCAAUCAACAAUAACAGUGCGCUCUGAAGUGGACUGGGUGCAUCGCGCACGUUGGGUUCAGGACGGUAACGUAUGGACCUCUUCAGGUAUCAGCGCUGGCAUCGAUGCCACCCUUGCCUGGAUUGAGCAUGUCCACGGGACUAAUGUCGCAAAGGCAAUCGCGGACAGAAUGGAGUACAAUCGUGUGACAGAUGCGGGCGAUGAUCCAUUUGCAGAGUUGUACGGUCUCACAAAGAAGUCAUGAGAUUAUCAUGCACUCCGGCCUAUCUCAUAUGAUCUUGGUUGCAGCAUAUUGUUGUGUUUGGUUAUUGCUCUUCUUCGCCUUGUCAAGUCACCAUCCGUAUUUGUUUGUUUCUAUGUACACAAUGCUUCUCUUAUACCUGACUUGGCUGCCUCUUUAACGCUCUAUUCUUCAACACAGCAGAGGUCAGGUACGCUGCCCCACCAGCCAACAUUGUAAACCCGCCAAAUAGUUGUGCAUAUAAGUAGUCUCCAUUCCGCAGAGCAACCAACCG